GCAGCUGGUAAGGUGCACAGUCUCAAGCCUGUCAAACAACAUAUUCUCUGGAAGCAAAAGGCAGAGAUGCUCCAGUCUCAAGUGAAUGAGCUGGAGGAGGAAAAUGACUUUCUCAAGAAGCAGCUUGAAGAGAAGUCUGCAAAAGAACAAGAAGGGAAUAUUGAGAUGAUGGCCACUGAAGAUGAGGAGCCACAGGCCAUAAAAUUGGACUCCAGCACUGACACUACCACUGAUUCCAGCACUGAUUCAAGCUCUGACUCCAGCUCUAGCUCUACUUCUGACUCUUCAGAUGAGGACAAGAAGAAAAAGAAGCGUAAAAAGAAGAAUCACAAGAAUAGAAGCAAAAAAAGAAAUAAGGAAAACAAAAAGGUCAAGAGGUCAAAGGGAAAAGGAGAGCGAGUUGCCACGAUCAGUGAUGUGGUAAGAAGAUAUCGACGUGUCCUUAAACUUGUGCAGAAAGGUUUCAGGAUGACCAAAGCUUUCAAGAAAGCCGGGGUUUCAAGAAAUGCUGUAAAAGACACAGCAGCAAUUGCAGAAAUUUAUAUAGUAGACAAAAGUGUACUGGAUCAGUUCAAGGGAAAAUACACACUUUUGAAACUAGCACAACAUUGUCAGAAAAAAAUUGUUGGUGAAUUGGCAGAAAAGAUAAAUGAAAUGAAAAACAACAAUCAGCUAAUCCCUUUUACUGUAAAAAAAAACUGAAAAAAAUUAGUGCAACAAUAUGUGAACCAGAUAGUUGUUGACUCUAAAGGUUAAAUCGAGUUGUUUUUCAUUUGUUAAUUUUUUUUUAUCUUGAGCAAUAACAUGUUGAUGUAUAGUUGGUCAAGUUACAGUUGUUUUCUCCUACACCACACACAUCUCCGAUACGACAGUUUAGACUUUUAGAUUGAUUAUUUUAGUUAAUUGAACUGUUAAAAAACAGUUCUGUGCUACAAGUGCAUGUUUUUUUUGUUUUUUUUUUUGAAGUGUUUAUUAAUAAAAGAGCCAUAUUUCUCUGAUGUGAUGCCUA